AUGAUUUUUAAAAAACUGUUUUUAGAAAGAAUGUCCUUUUCAGUUGAAACUUUAGGUUUAUUAAAAAAAAUGAUCAAGAAACAUUGUAAUAGUAAAUAUCCAAUGGAAGAUGUAUUGAAGAAAUAUCAAGAAUCAGGAGGUAGAAAAAUAAAAGCUUUCAAAAGAAAUCAGUAUUAUCAUUAUGUCAUAAUGUUACACCAGUAUCAGUAGAAGAAGAUGGAUAAAGAACAUUUUAAGCAAGCAGUCCAGAUGAAAUUGCUUUAGUUAAUUAUGCAGAGGAUGUUGGAUUUAAAUUAGUUGAUAGAAAAUUAAAAGAUAUACAUAUUAUAAAUGUAGGGGAAACAGCAGAAUAAUAUAAAAUAUUAUAUGAAUUUCCAUUUACAUCAGAAAGAAAAAGAAUGGGAAUAAUUUUAUAGAUAUAAGGAUAAAAAGGUGCAAGAUUUUAUUUAAAAGGAGCUGAUUCAGUAAAGAAAUAGAAGGUGCCAGAAGUAUAAAGAGGAUUUUUAAUGGAUGAAUGUGAAAGUCUUAGUAAAGAAGGAUUGAGAGCUUUAGUGAUAACUCAAAAAUAUUUGAUA